AUGGAGAUUGGUGAACAAAAUGUUGUUCAAGUGGUGACCGACAAUGGAAGCAAUUAUGUUUUGGCUGGGAAAUUUUUACAAGCCAAGCGAUGUCAUUUGUUUUGGACUCUAUGUGCUGCACAUUGCUUAGAUUUGAUGCUAGAAGACAUUGGAAAGCUUGAUAGAGUAAAGAGGACAAUAAAAAGAGGCAUCAGUCUAGUAGGUUUCAUUUAUAAUCAUUCACUGGCAUUGAACACUAUGCGGCAAUUCACAAGCAAAACUGAAUUGGUGAGGCAUGGAGUGACAACGUUUGCUACCACAUUCCUGACAUUGCAGAGGUUGUAUAAGCAGAAAAAUAACCUCCGAAGGAUGUUCACUUCUGAUAAGUGGUCAAUAUCUAAGACUGUCAAAGACCCUAAGGGGAAAAGGACAACUGAUAUUGUACUCAGUACAUCUUUUUGGAAUGAUGUAGUUUUUUGUCUUAAGGCUAUGAGGCCUAUUGUGGGUGUGCUGAGGAUGGGACAAAUAAGCAAUUCAAAAGCAUUUCGUGGAAUUGGAAAAGAAGAUAAGUAUAAAGAUAUUUUAGCUAUCAUUGAUAAAAGAUGGGAUUGUCAACUUCAUCAUCCUUUGCAUGCAGCUGGGCAUUAUCUUAACCCUCAAUUUUUUUAUUCUAAUCCAAGGCUGGAUGAUGAUUUAGAAGUGGUUAAUGGUUAUUUAAAAUGCUUCGAGAGGCUAACUGCAAAUACAUAUGAGAUGGACCAAGUUAUGAAUGAAUUGGAACUAUAUAAGAAAGCUCAGGGUCUCUUUGGCAUGGACUCAGCCAAAAGACAAAGGGAUAAAGUGUCUAUUCCUCUUCCAGAUGUGAGAGCAAUUGGAAUUCAUUCCAAGAGGCGAAGUAGACAUGAGAAUCAGAAGUUGGAGGACUUGGUUUAUAUUAAAUAUAACCAAACUUUUAAAUAUCGAUUUGACAAUCGUGAUCUGAUUGAUCCCAUUCUCCUAAAUGAUGUAACUAAUGCUGAUGAGCCUUUAAUUUACACUAGACAGCAGACAAAGUCCAUUGCUUUGCCUUCAAGCUCUAAGGGAAAGGAAAUUAAAGAAACUGAAGGACUUGAAAAUGUGCCAGAACAACUGUACAAUAUAGAUACUAGUGACAGUGAGGCUGAAGCAGACUUUGGUGAUGGUGGAAUUCAAGAUUCUAAUUAG